CCCGGCUGAGUCACGGCCUGAGCUGCGGAGGAGGCGGGGAAAGUCGGCCCUAGCCCAGAUCGCAGCCAUCGGCCACAAGGAGAGCAGGCUGGGUUGUCAGAGAUCAUGGGGGAGAGCGCGCUGGAGUCGGGGCCUGUGCCCGGGUCGCCGGGUGGGGGCCCAGUGCACGCCGUCACCGUGGUGACCUUGCUGGAGAAGCUGGCCACCAUGCUGGAGGCGCUGCGAGAGCGGCAGGGUGGCCUGGCUGAGAGGCAGGGCGGCCUGGCGGGCUCGGUGCGCCGCAUCCAGAGUGGCCUGGGCGCACUGAGCCGCAACCACGACACCACCAGCAACACACUGGCGCAGCUGCUGGCCAAGGCGGAGCGCGUGGGCUCUCACGCCGACGCAGCCCAGGAGCGGGCGCUGCGCCGCGCUGCUCAGGUGCAGCGGCUGGAGGCCAACCACGGGCUGCUGGUGGCGCGCGGGAAGCUGCACGUCCUGCUCUUCAAGGAGGAGACUGAAAUCCCAGCCCGCGCCUUCCAGAAAGCACCAGAACUCUUGGGCCCUGAGGACCAGUCGGUGCUGGGCCCAGAGCAGCUAGAGGAUCAAGUUGGCGAGAGUUCAGACGAGGAGCCAGUGGAAUCCCGGGCUCAGCGACUGCGACGCACCGGUUUGCAGAAGGUUCAAAGCCUAAGAAGGGCUUUUUCCAGUCGUAAAGGCCCGGAAGCAGCACUGCCCACACCAGUCAAGCCGCCACGCCUAGGGCCUGUGCGGAGCUCUGAAGGCCCACCAGAUGGCCAGCCUGCAGCUCAGCCAGCUGUGCCGGAGUCCUCACUAGAGUCUGCUCUGGAGCCAGAACCUCCUCAGGCUACUAAUGAAGAUCCUGGGAGGCCUGCUCUUCAAAUAGAGAGUGCAGCCUGAUUUCUGGAGCUGCCCGCCCCACUUGGUGCUUAUGCCUUGUCCUAAAAUAAAUCCUUAAAGCGUGCAGCACUUACACCCAAAUAAGGAGAAAAUCCUGCAUCAACUGCCCAGUUCCCAUCCUCCCUUCCUGGCCUUCCAGUCUGGUACCUUAUGUCCUCCGAAAGAGGCGCAUUCAACCUAAUUUAGGCUCACCAGCAAUAAAAAUAAUUUCUUGUAA